UGCCCGUGCUCGUGCCUGUGCCCAUGCCCGGCGGCGGGCGGUGAGCGGCCAUGCCGCGCCGGGCGGAGCGCUGCCUGCAGAUCGCCCCGCACUCCCUGGCCAUCGUCCUGGGCGCCGCGGCCGGGGGGCGGCCGGGGGCGGGUGGCGGCGGUGCGGGGCCGGCGGCGGAGCUGGGCCGCCACCGUAUCGGCUACGAGAUCUUCGCGGACUUCAAGCGGGAGAACAUGCAGCACUUCUGGGACCGGCGGGCCACGGCGGCGGUGGCCGAGACCUUCUUCCUGGGCUGGAUCGACGAGCAGGUGCUGCUGGUGCAGGGCAAGGAGGAGCACCUGGAGGUGCUGCGGCAGGGCUGGGCGCGCCGCUCCCUCAAGCCCCCCAGCGGCUUCCACAUCAAGUGCCUGGAAUACAAAAAUCUCUACACUCAGGAGAAAUGCUCAGAACAGCUUCUACAGAGAGGCAAGUGCAAGAGAUGCCUGCAUAAACCUUCAUCUGAACAGGGCAAUGGGAAAUUGUCUCUGGGUACACACAGACAAGAAUUUAGAGCUUAA